GUUCAUUGAAACAUCUUGCAUUGUCUUAUCUUCAUCAGCGAUGGAUUUGAAUAUUACUCAAACAGGAACACAACCGUAUGCGGGUCGUCAACACCUCUCGAUCACACCUGGAGGUACCAAAUACUGGAUACCGGACUGUGACGAGUCACUUAAGCCGCGUAAGGGACAAAAAUUUCAAUCCAUAGAUGCUGCAAUUGACUUCUACAAAGAGUAUGCUUGCUUUGUUGGUUUUGACGUACGACACAGCACGUUGAUUAAGGCGAAGGAUAAGACCACCAUUUGGAGGUACUUAGUAUGCUCACGAGAGGGUUAUAAGCACCAUUCACAACCGAAUCAUUCAAUCCAAACCGAAGGACGUCGGGAACAUUGGAUUCCGGCAUUCUUCAUAAAUGUUAAAAUGAGCGGAUUAAUGAGGACUACGUCUAGAUCCGAAAGUGAGAACAUA